AGGGGAAAAUGGAUUGAAGAUUCGUAAAGGACGUUAAUAGAGUUCACUAGAAUACCCGGUCAGAGCUACUAGGCUUUCGAUGGUUAAACAAUCGACACAAGGAUAAUAACCGAGAAUGGAAAUCAAUAGACAAGAGAUUUAUAGUGGUUUACCAGUUCAGAAGCUUGGCUAGUUCAUUCUAAUGGAGUCUCUUGCUCCUGGGAGAGUUUCUAUUACAAUGUUUGGAAUCAGUCUUGAACGUGGUCUUGGCGUAAUCCAUGACUCCUCUAGGGUGGUUAUGAUCCAUGUGAGGGAAUAUUUGGCUAUUGGAGGCUAUAUUCUCUAUGUGUGACGUGACCUUCUGGAAGGUGUAAGCUGUCGUUGUCAUUGUGUGCACAAGGGUUACGUUGGUGCCGACUCCUGAGUGGCGGUUCUCGACCUAGGAAGUCUGAACUGACGUCAUGAGCUGGGCAGUUAGAGACUGGUAGCUCAACUAAUUUGUCUGACCUGCAUGUCUCGAGGGCAUACUUUCGAGCUGUAUCUGAACCGAGCUUAAUCUUGGAGAAUUUUUGAUAUCAUCAAUUAUCUUUUUGAAUUCAGAGGCAUAUGCUUUAUAUUUUACCACUCGCAAUGUCUCCUCUAAGAUAUGACAUGGCUUAGUCCAUGUGCUGAUUUCAGUAUCACUUGAUGCCCAAACACCCCAUUGUAUGUUUUGUUGGUUGAAAUCUUGUGUAUGUUAGAGUUGACCAUCAGCCAGCUAUUCUCAAAUUUUACUUGUACAAAAUGCUGUUUCCACCUUAACUUUCACUUCAAGUAGAACGAACUUAGAUUGUUACUAACAUAGUGUAAUACCAAGGCCUUUAACAUUUCAUCAAUUCCAUCUCAUUGUAGGAGAAAUGUCUCAUCAUGGAGAUGAUGCUUUGGAAGUCUCAACUCACAAGGAACCUCUAGAUCAAAGACUAGGCUCAAUGCAUAUUUUAUCUGGAAAUUUUGACCAUCGAGUUGAAUCGCUAAAAUUGGAGGAUGAGAUUGAUCAAAUUUUGCAGGCGCUGAAAAAGUCACAGGAGUCCGAAUACAAAAUUGCAGAGGAAAGGCUUUUCGCUCAGAAAAAUUAUCUUCUAAAUCUAUAUCAACAGCUUGACAAAGAGAGGUCCGAUCUUUUAAGGUACACAUCAUCAACUGACUCAGAUACGUUACUCGACACUGUCCUUAAGAGGGUGGAUCAGAUAAAAUGGGAGGUCAAAAAACUCAGGGAUAUGCAAGAAGUGGCCAAGGGAUUCGGAAAAACUUCAAAAGAUACUCUAAAAGAACAUUUUGGUAUAGAAAUGGAGCAUUGA